UUCUACUCUGCUUGGGGGGGCCUGCAACAUCCUUUACCAUAAGAAUCUUUUAAACUUUGACAAACAUUACAAGGGUUUAAUGCUGGUUUGGCAUUUGCUUUGUUUAGCUAUCUGUACAGGACUCUGCAUGAAUGAAAUUGUUAUCAAUGACAAAACCUGAAAAAAAUUCCAGAGAUUCAUCAGGGUGUUGUUCCAGGAACAGAAGAGGAAGUCCAACACUUCAUGCUGUAGUUUUCUCUCUGGUUGCAGAGGACUGAUCAGUCUUUCCAGAAGUGUUUCUUAUGUUUGCUUCACGUUUAGGACAACGCAAGAAGACAGAUUUUUGUUAAUUCCACAAUCAAAUAGUUGAGACUGCCUGUGCUGCCUGAUGAAGAAAGUUAAGUGUGUGGUAGUGGGGGAUGGGGCUGUGGGUAAAACAUGUCUUCUCAUCAGCUACACCACCAAUGCCUUCCCUGGAGAAUACAUCCCUACAGUGUUUGACAACUACGCUGCAAAUACGACAGUGGAUGGGAUACUUGUGAACCUGAAUCUGUGGGACACAGCAGGGCAGGAGGACUAUGAAAGGCUCAGACCUAUGUCUUAUCCUCAGACGGACGUGUUUCUGGUUUGCUUUUCUGUGGUCAAUCCAGCUUCCUUUGAAAAUGUCCGUGCCAAGUGGUAUCUGGAGGUCAGACACCACUGCCCCAAGACACCAAUAAUCCUGGUGGGCACCAAGUUGGACCUGAGGGAUGAUAAGGACACGGUUGAAAAGCUGAAGGAGAAGAAACUCUCUCCCAUCACUUGUCCACAGGGCUUUGCCAUGGCUAAGAAUAUAAGUGCGGUGAAGUACCUGGAGUGCUCGGCUCUGACGCAGUGCGGCAUUAAGACGGUGUUUGAUGAAGCCAUCAGGGCGGUCCUCUGCCCCCAGCCCACUAAAAAGCCAAGGAGGAGGAAGUGCACCGUACUGUGAUGAAGACCGAUCCACAUCAGGAACCAAAUAUCUUUUCAGUCUGUGUUCUUGCUAACUUAGAAGCAGUAUUAGGUCUGAGUUGCAUCUGAAAGGACUUUCUAGAUCCAAGCAAAGCUAUUUGUCUCCCUCUUUUUUAUAUAAAUGGACCCAGAUGCUUUUAU